UUAAGUUAAUAUAAUCAACAAAAAUGAUAACACAAUUUGAAAGCCAAACGAAAUAUUAGUUUCUAGGUGAAUCUUGCCCUAGCAAACUAACCGGAAUAAUUUACUACAGUUAUAUCGCUUCUUCAAAUGAAUCAAAACAAUCGUUGAGGUCAAAAAGCGGUCGAACUACCCAGUUGAAGCUUAGAUGAUUAGCAUCUUAAUCGGGCCGUAGCGUGAUGAGUGUAGAGCGAGUGGUGGUACGCCGCGCACGGCCCAGCGACGCGGCGGCGCGGGCGCAGCUACUGCGUGACGCGUACGCCGCGCUCAACAACGACGCCUUUAUGUAUUUCUUCUUCCACGAGGCCACAUUGCAAGCGGUAGUACUGGUGGGUGCCGGGUUGUUCAUAUUCUUUGGCUGUGGACUUGGCACGCUGGCGGCACUGCCGGUGCUGGCAGCCGUAAUCGUGUUCCUGGCUGUGCAAUUAGCACAUGAUCAUAUGGCAUCUGUACAGGCGGCGCGCCUCCGCACGGAGCGCUCGGGCUGGGUGGCGGAGCGGCGCGGGCCGCCGCGGCCGCCGGGCAGCGGCGCGCCGGCGCGCGUGGCGGUGGAGCGCGACGGGGGUGCAGGCGCAGGCGCAGGCGCAGGCGCGCUGGUGGGCACGGUGGGGGUGGCGGCGAGCCGCGCGGCGGAGGGCGGGUGGCUGCAGGGGCUGGCGGUGGCGCCGGCGUGGCGGCGGCGCGGGGUGGGGCGCGCGCUGGAGGCGGCGGCGCGCGAGGCGGCCGCGCGGGAGCUGCGCUACGGCGCGCUGCACGCCGUCACCAGCGCGCUGCAGCCCGCCGCGCGCGCCAUCCUCCACGACGCGGGGUGGCAAUGCACGGCGGCGUACGCGCGGCCGCUGCUGGGCGCGGCGCUGACGUUGCCGCUGGCGCGGCUCGAGAGAGACCUCGUCGAGCCCGCGUGACGUGACUGACGAAGUGACGACACGGACUUGACGGACUGAAAUACGACGUCGUCCCUCCACGACUGAUUACUUGCGAUUUGUCACUCUUAAAAGAGACUAACGAUAAAUGACAAAUGCGAGGUGAACAUAUUACAGAAGAAUCUCAACAUUCCAUCCAAUUUCUUUUAUUCAACUAAACAUUUUGUAAGCCUGAUAAGAUUUUGAUAUUAUGUUUAUUUUAAAGGGUGAUUUAACACAAACUUAUAAACUAUUACACCUAAGAUUUAUAAGUGACUAGCUGACUAGUAACAAUAAAGAGCGAGAAUUUACAUUAAAGUAGAUUAAACAAUGGUAAAUUAAGUAAGUAGGUACAGUCAGCAGCAGAAAUAGGCAGACAGGGACGGCAAUGUCACUCUGAACGAAAUUAAUACCAAUGAGUUGAAAAUAACUGCGGCUAGCUGUACCUACCGCGUCUUAAAUUCUGUGAUAAUCGACUGAUUUUUAAGUAAAUCAUAAAUAAAUCAUAAAUCAUUUAUUUUUCGUGAUAAACUUAGUGUACAUACAAAAGUAAAAUUAAAUGCUUAAUACAAACAUAAUUACAAAUUGUUUACCACGAAAUGGGCUCGCCUCAGCAUAAUGCUGACCCGAGAGUCGGCGCUGGUCUUCCGGCGAGUCCAUUAUGGUGGGCCACGAACGCAGCUGUACGGCACGGCCUCAUAGAACUGAACGCAACCACUUGCGGCGGCUGCCAGCGCCAUCUGGCCUAAGUGAUCG